AUGUGGGUGGGGACUGACAGAAUACAGCGGGCUAUCUCACGUACCACAAACUCGGCCUACCUCACGUACCACAAACUGCGUAGGGAGGGGGGGGAACUGACAGAAAACAGCGGGCUUUCUCACGUACCACAAACUGUGGGUCGGGGGCUGACAGAAUACAGCGGCCUUUCUCAAGUACCACAAACUGUGGGUGGGGGACUGACAGAAUUCAACGGGUUAUCUCACGUGCCACAAACAGCGGAUGGGGAACUGACAGAAUACAGCGGCCUAUCUCACGUACCAGAAACUCUUAUUGGAGAAACGUUGGAAAAAAGUGACCGCGACAGAGAUGUUUUUUGGGAAUUCAUUGACCUCCUAUUCGUACUUAUUGACCCCUCGGUAGAUGGCGCGUUGCGAACGUUUCCGUUCUUACGGCGUUUACCAGGUUACUAUGGUAGCAUCUAUCGACAGACGAUCACGGCUCGCGACAAAGUGGCAAAACGAUUCUAUGAAGACCAAAAGACGAGCUACAGACCAGGGAACAUCCGGGGCCUUGUGGACGUCUGUAUCCUGAAUCAACUGGAAGAGCUCACCAAGACCGGUAACUCCUGGCUAACUGACGAACACAUCAAGGGCCUCAUCUUUGACACACUCGCUGCUGGUAUGACCGAGAUUUUGAAGACGCUCCGCCUCUUCCUGUUGCUCAUGUGCCACCAUCCGGAAGUUCAGACCAGGCUAAAAGCGGAGGUUGACACAAUUAUAGGUACGGAGCGUUUCCCGUGCCCCGAAGACCGGAAGUGGAUGCCAUUCACGCAGGCGGUGAUGUUGGAGAUCUGGCGCUAUGGGUCACAGACGCCGCUCGCUAUACCGCAUCUGUGCCAGAAGAACGUCGAACUGGACGGUUACCUGAUAGAAGCCGGCUCGGUGAUAUUCCCGAAUUUGUACGCAGUGCACCACGACGAGGUUACCUGGGGAGACCCCUGGGAAUACCGUCCAGAACGAUUCCUAAACGAGGCUGGGGAACUACUUCCGUCCGACCACACACUGAUGCAGAAUGUAAUCCCGUUCAGCGUCGGUAAAAGGGAGUGCCCCGGGCAGGAUUUCGCGCGCUCCAGAAUAUUCGUCACGAUGACGUCACUGAUGCAGCGCGUGCAAGUGGUUCCCCCUAAAAACAGCAACUUGCCUCCAGCUGAUCCCCGGCUCUAUAGCAAAGCGUAUCCGAUGACGGAACCGCAGUUUGAAUGUCGCUUCUUGUCAAGGGAGAACAUUAUUAUUUAG